AUGAAUCACGAAGUCAAUGAACAAAUACAAAUACUAAAACUAAAGCGGAUUAAAGAGCUCAUUAACAGACUUGAAGAAAGCUUGAACCGAGAAAGAAUCCCCGCUUCAAACGCUUGUGAAUUGAUUAUCAACUACGUGGAGGAAACGCCUGAUUAUCUCAUACCUUAUAAUUGGAAACUACCACCCGAACGCAACAAAUUCGCUCAAUAUCAAAAAUAUCAAAUGAUGAAACCUAAACGGCCUUCUGGUUGUUGUACGGUUGUAUAA